UCAACACUGCCAUGACUAGGAAGAAGGUGAACCUUGCCUACAUCACCAGUGACGCAAAGAGGAAGGGAACAUUCAAGAAGAGAAAGAAUGGUUUGAUCAAGAAGAUUGAUGAAAUCAGCACGCUCUGUGGGAUCGAAGCGUGCGCUAUCAUCUUUGAUCAAAACGAUCCUCAACCAGAGGUCUGGCCUUCACCAUGGGGAGUGCAAACAGUGCUGUCAAAGUUUAAGAGAUUGCCCGAACUUGAGCAAAGCAAAAAAAUGUUCAAUCAAGAGAGUUUCUUGAAGCAAAGGAUCCAAAAAGCUCAAGAACAGCUGAAGAAACAAAGGAACGACAACAAAAGGAAGGAAAUGACCCAUCUGAUGUUUCAAUGCCUUAAUGCUGGUCAGAUUUUUGACCAUGUUGGCAUGGAUGAUCUCAAUGAUAUCUCAUGGUUGAUCGAUCAGAACUUGAAACAGAUCGAUAGGAAACUCGAUCAGUCUCAAGCUGAAGAGGUUGUUCAAAACCAAGCUGGAAAUGUGAGUGGAGGGGAGCAGGGAAUGGAGAACAUUGCUGAUCCAAUGCAAAGGCAGCAUUGGCCAAUGGAUUUCACCAACAACAACAUUGGUGAUGUGUUACCAUUUGAAAAUGGUAACAAUGUACCAUUUGGUAACAAUGUGCCACAUGGUUUCUGGCCUUGAUCAACAAGUCUCUUGAAAAAUGAUCAUCAUUUACUUUGUUGUU